AUGUCCUCUAUGGAGGAGGCAGAGCUGGAUGAUCCGGGGGAAUCUUCACCUAUAUCCCUGGCAGAGGUCUCUGAGGUAAUUAAACAGCUUUGUUCACUUGGAGAGGGUCUACAACCUAAGUCAGACCUGGUCUCAGUGGGUGUUGGGCUCCAUCAGGGCUGUCCCUGGUCUCUGAUCCUGUUUGUGAUCUUCAUGGACAGAGUCUCAAGGUUCAGCCGGGGGGAGGAGAGAGUCCAGUUUUGGUUUAACUCUUCUUCUGUCAGGUUGUGUGUCAUCGACGAGUCUUCGUUCCUGUCGCACUCGGACAUCAGCUACGAUCGCACAGAUGACGACGUGGACGUGGACACAUCUGUGAUUAAACCGCUGAGGUCUCGGGCCAGAGAGAGAAGGAGAUCGUCGAUGGGUGUGACUGUCGCCGCUGUGGUUGGGAGGCGAGGGAGAAGCGGGAACAUGUUUACAGAGCCGCUGGAGAGGAGAACGGUGGAGAAGGAGGUGGAGACGAUCGUGGAGGCGUCGGUGUCGACUCCGGACGCUCGAGCGAAGAUUCACAUGGUUGUGGGAAUCACACAGGGGAGCCCCGACAACCCGACCCUCUGCAUCACCCAGGAGUGUGCUGUUUCAGACUGUGAUGAAGGAGGAGGAGUAGGAGACGACACAUCGGUGUGGUGUCCGUGUGAUGAGCCUGAACCAGAACCAGAACCUGAACCUGAAGCGAGGCUGGAGGAGAGCAUCAUCAUCAGAGCCGAGAAAACUCCCAAACAUGUUUUUGUUUCUAAAACGGUGAUCUGGACCGAGACGUGCUCGCCCUGCGGCAAGAGGAUCCGCUUUGGGAAGAUCGCCAUGAAGUGCAGGAAGUGCCGAGUGAUCGCUCAUCCAGAGUGUAAACAGAAGUGUGUCACCGUCUGCUCGGCCGCCACACCAGGAACUACGGCUCAGACGAACUCGCUGGAAAGUUUCGCUCCGUUGAAGCAUCCCAGAGUUCCUCAGCUGAUCAUCGAGUGUGUGACUGAGAUCGAGAGGAGAGGACUGCAGGAGCGGGGUUUGUACAGAGUUCCUGGAGGUGAGCGGCUCGUGAAGGAUCUCAAGGAUCGCUUCCUUCAGGGGAAAACUCCGCUCAUGCUCAGUAGAGUUCAGGACGUCCACGUGCUCUGCGGACUCCUCAAAGACUUUCUGAGGACGCUGAAGGAGCCGCUGGUCACCUUCAAACUGCACCGCACCUUCAUGGAGGCAGGAGAGAUGUCCGAUGCAGACAGCAGCACUGCAGCCAUGUUUCAGGCUGUAGCAGAGCUGCCGAAAACCAACAAAGACACGCUGGCUUUCCUCAUGCUGCACUUUCACAAGGUCAUGAGGAGUCCUCGGUGUCAGAUGGACCAGAACAAUCUGUCCCGGGUGUUUGGACCGACUCUGGUGGGACACGGGACGUCUGCGCCGCCUCCGGCAACCAUCCUGAGAGACACACUCACUCAGGCGAAGGUUGUUUGCCGAUUGUUGGCUUUCCCUGAAGAGUCGUGGAGACGCAUCCUCGACAUCCGCACCAACCAGACCCCAUCUUCAUCUUCAUCAUCAUCCUCCACCACCAAGACCAGCAGCCAGGUCGAAGGGAACGUUCGGCUCUUCCAGCCGCUGACGUCUCCGGAGUUGAACAGCUACUACACGGCUGCCGGCAGACGAUCAGUGAGAGGACCGAUCAGGAACCAGGGAGCCGCUUCAGGAGGCAACACGUAA